AAGGAGCCUCGUCCCGGUCCGGCUGGCUCAUCUUGGCCCCGCGCACCACCCCCGAGGCCUAGCGCCCAGCGUGGGAGGCGGGACAAGGCCCUGCUGAGAGCUCACCUCCUCCAGGAGGCCUUCCCAGAAUCACACCGGAGAAGUAAUGACUGUGAACAGCGUCAAGCUCUGCUACCGGAACAAAACCAUUCUGGCUCCUAUGGUGCGAAUUGGGUCGUUACCUAUGCGUCUGCUUGCCCUGGACCUCGGAGCCGACAUUGUCUACAGCGAGGAGCUGAUUGACAUAAAGAUGCUUCAGUGCAAGAGAGUUGUAAAUGAGGUCCUGAAUACCAUCGACUUUGUAGCUCCCAAUGAGAGGAUCAUUUUCCGAACCUGUGAAAGAGAGCGUGAUCAUGUUGUCUUCCAAAUGGGAACAGCAGAUGCCGAGAGAGCCCUUGCUGCCGCCAAGUUUGUGGAGAAUGACGUAGCUGGCAUUGAUAUUAACAUGGGCUGCCCGAAAAAAUUUUCUAUCCAGGGAGGAAUGGGAGCAGCAUUGCUGUCUAAUCCAGAUAAAAUUGAAAUGAUUUUAAGUACUCUCGUUAAAGGGAUUUGCAAGCCGGUGACCUGCAAGAUUCGCAUUCUGCCAUCGCUCAAGGACACGCUGGACCUCGUUAAACGGAUAGAAAAGACAGGCAUAGCCGCCAUCGCGAUCCAUGGGAGGAAGGAGGAAGAAAGGCCCCAACAUCCCGUCCACUGUGAUGUUAUCAAAGCCAUCGCUGAAGCCAUCUCUAUCCCAGUAAUAGCCAACGGAGGGUCUCAUGACUACAUUAAAGAGUAUUCGGAUAUAGAAGCCUUCCGGCAAGCGACAGCUGCCUCUUCGGUGAUGGUGGCCCGUGCGGCCAUGUGGAAUCCAUCCAUCUUUAGAAAGGAGGGCCUGCAACCCCUGGAAAAGGUCAUGAAAGAAUAUAUCAAAUAUGCAGUGAGGUUCGACAAUCACUACAUCAACACCAAGUACUGUUUGUGUCAGAUGCUGAGAGAACAGCUAGAAAGCCCCUUGGGGAAAAAACUACAUGCAGCACAGUCUUCUCAGAAUAUCUGUGAAGUGUUCGAAUUGGACAGUUUCUAUGAGGAAGUGACUGCAGAGCUGGCAGCCAAAAGGGUGUUGCAUGAGGCCACAGUGCAGGAAGAUGACGGCCAAAUGGAUGAUGCAGAUGUGAUAGAGAUGGCAGUUAAAUUUGACAAGCGAGAAUACCCGGCCCAGAUCACUCCCAAGAUGUGCUUACUGGAAUGGUGCCACAAAGAGAAGCUUCCUCAGCCGGUGUACGAGACGGUUCAGAGGCCGUCAAAUGGACUGUUCUGUUCGGUUGUAACUGUGGCUGAGCAGAAGUACAAGUCGUCCAUGUGGGACAAGUCCAAGAAGUUGGCAGAACAGGCCGCGGCCAUCGUCUGCCUGAGGACCCUGGGACUGCCCACUGGGGAGCUAAGCGAGGGAAAAGACCAGUACCUGCAGAAGCGCAAGUGGGAGGGCCCGGGCUUUUUGAACGGCAGAGAGGCUGAGAAUGGCCUGAGCGAGGGAGCCCCUCAUAAAAGGCUCCACGCCAGAAGCCUGUGACCGCCUCUACGCCAGAAGCCUGUGACCGCCUCUCCCUCAAGGGGCCAUCGGUGGCCCUCAGCCCCUGGUCCUCCUCCUCACCUCCCCAUCCACUGUCCUGUUUUUUGGCCCUGUGAAGACCUCCCAUCUGUACUCUACCUAC